AUGUCGUCAACUAUGGGACCUACUAGCCAGGCGAAGUCAUGGUGGUCGCGGUCGAAGUCGAAGGACUCCUCAGGUUUAACGCCAAAGCGGUCGUUCUCGAAUCUCGUGGACGACGAGAAGCACAUGCGGUCUGCACCUCGUAAAUUAACGAAGACCAAAGAUGCUACUGCCGGUCUGAAAUUCAAUACGCUGGCUUCUGCAAUGGGCUUCAGGUCCAAAAAGCUGCCUUCACUUGCUAUACAGGAUCCUCCGACUAACACUUCAGUGCACCGAUCUACAUCUGACAACUCCGCUCCUUCCCCCUUCUACACCAACCGACCUCCCGCGAAGUCCGUAUCCACAGCUCGCUCUUCGGAAUACGACGGGGACGAGGCGUCCGACCCGCAUGACAUCCCGGAACCCCGUACGCCCUCAGAUCACCCAAGAGAUCGAAUGUCGUACCAGACGUCUGUCCUCACAUUGUCGGAAAUGGAUCCCUUUGCCGCAGGAGGAGUCGUCAUACAACAGUCGCAGGACUCAUACCGGCAGUCUGUGUUCUCGGAUUCAUCCCUGCUGGAGCCUCAUCGUAAAAGAAGCGAUUUUGUGUCCAAUAACCGCACCUCGUAUGCGUCUUCAUCGUCUAAUUCGCACAGCUAUUUGUCAGAGCCUCGGAGUGGCAAGAUGUCUUCCAGGAUCACUCGCUCAUCCAGAACACCCUCUGAUACGAGCAUGAAGCAAGAGCCUCGUCGUCAAGAGACUCUGUUUGUAGACGACGGCAGGUCUGUGGCCAGUGCUGAGCCUCGGAGUAUACGGGCACGUCUCAAAACGCCGUCGGGUUCGAACUCUUCAUGUUCUACCGUCACGCCAGGUGACUACCGGAACAGGUUGAGUGAGCCUCCUCCGGGAGCUCCACACCCUCAUCCCCGGGCAAGAGCCUCAGAUCCUCAUGGGUUUCACUCGCCUUUGGGCGCCGCUUCCCCUUCUUUAUCUCCGCUAACCUUUGCCGGCCCAAGCGUGACACCGCCUCCCGGCACCGACUCUCCGGUGUCACCCUCCUCUACUCGCCCGUUAGUGCUCGUCCGUAAAGCUUCCGCUUCGAUAGUGCACAUGCCUCCCCCAAGUCUUGCGCCUCCCACAGCAAACCUUCCGCCUCCUCCCUUGUCAUCAUUCGUUGCUCCAGAACCUUCGUCUUCUGCGGACAACCUUUCCAUUUUCCUAUCUAAUCCACCAUCACCGAGCACAUCUAGCGUGAGUCUUGCCCCCAGCUUUGAAUUUAGCGUGGAGGAUUCUGCCGGAGAUGCGAUUGGGCACCUGAUGCAGGACGUGUAUCCACCGUUACCCGAAGGUUGUUCGAGGCAGAGUAAGGGCAAUGGCAGAAGACGUCACAUUGAUGCUGAGUCCAGCAACUCCUCAAUGAGAAGACUUCCUCCACCCCAUGGAGAUUACAUGCAUCCCGAUCAGAGCAUGUCUGCCCACACGUCGCCGAAACUACUGAAGAAACUUCCUUCACAGCAAAGUCUGCUGGGGAAGCAUUAUUCGGAGCAAAGCCUGACUUCCUCUGUUGUGUCUCUGGGACAGGAUGAGUACGCGAACUGGAGAGGAUCCAGUGGAUCACUUUCAUCCAGCAAAACUCCGCGAAAGCAACGCUCAUUUCAUCAUUCACGACUUCCCCUUCCUCCCUUGCCUGCUCUGCGUCACGCCAACUCGUACAACCACUCUAGUACACCUCCGGAAGGCCGUUUGCCAACGCCAUCGUCUCCGCCGACGACGGACCAACAACAACGUAAGAGCGGCUUCACGCAUACAACCCCGACGUCUGCACGCAAGCGCCUUUUCUCGGGUUCAAGUAGCAGAAGGAGCACAUCUUCCCAAGGGCCUGCUUCGCCUGCUACAUCUGCUGAAGAUGAGACGCGUUCAGUCAUUAACACUGACGAGCCCCGCACUCAGAGCAGGUCCUCGUCGUCGGCGGUACAGAAGGUUAUGAUCUCUUUCGGGAACUUUGGACAUCCGCUUUCCCUAUCGACAAAAAAUGCGUGCGUCGCGCCUUCAUCAUUCUGGAGCGAACCCGGUGAUAGUAUGUCAAGCUCAUACGGCGACAAGAGCGCGUCGCAAACGGAGUAUACCCCCCAGCAUAUCAUACCACCGGCAGACAUGUUGAAGUUGGAGCAGCAACUUGCGGAGGAGGCGGCGCAGAGGGAUCGAGAAAUGGACCAGGAGCAUAAGCCUAAGUUGGAGUUGCAACCGAGGGAUUUUGGUUUCGCCUUCAUUGGGCGGAGGCGACGGUCGGAUUCCAAAUUAUCUGGGUCCAGAACAAGUUCGAUCAUGUCGAGCGUAUCUGCAGCGACGUUGCCGUUCGGGAGCGAGCAUCAUAUACUUGGCGAGAGUUCUACCAGUGGAACAUCGAGUUUGCGACAAACUGCUUCUGCGCGUCCCUCAUCUACUACCAAUCAUAACGGCAAAGCUAGGGAACUUUCCGCCGACAGUUCACGGCUUCCCCUACGAAGCAGCUCUCUGAUGGCGAAGUCAUUCCCAAAGCCACCAACAUCCAUUGCACGACCUUCGACGGCUCAACCCAGCAUUUCGUCACCGACCUCUCCCACGUUUUCAGCUUUUACCGUUUCGCCUGGACGACCUCCCACAAGUCUACCUCCACCUCCUCGGUCACGACCAUCGCGUGAAAACCAACCCAUUCAAGAUGACCCUGUGCUCAAGCGCUCUAGUAUUGUUCCGCUCCAUCCUCUAUCACCGCCUCCCGUCCACAACAGGAUCCGUCGACCACAUACAGCGACAUCGGAUUCACGCAAUGUCCAGUCUCUGAUCACUUCGCCUCCCAGUUCGUUUGACCAGCAGAAGGUCUCAAAGCGGAGGUCCAUCAUGAAGAAACCUUCAUUUUUGGAUAUUGAAGACGAGCUGGACGCCACCACCGAGAAUCUCAUGGAGAUGGAUAUUGAUGUGCCGCCCGCGUCACCUGUCAUGGAAGGCAGUUUCCUGGACAUGGAGCACGGCAGGGAUUCACUCGACACUGAUGCGAGUUGUGACAGCGGUUUCUAUGCUUGA